AUGGCGGUCAAUAUGUCUUGUCGACAAUAUGUUUUGGGGAUUUCACUCGAAGGAACAAGAAUCACGUCUCAAAAAGAAUCAAAGGCUAGCAGUUCUAAUGUUGCAGAUCCGCGCUCUCAAGAAUACUUACAGCCCCGAUAUUAUGAGAGGCUCCUUGACUUUCUUGGAGAAAAUGAUGUCUCUGUUAUGGCCAAGGCAAGCAUGAAUUUUGAUAAGCAAGCUUUAAUUUCAAUUCACGAAAAGGCGCGCCUGUAUCUCACACAUCCUCAAGCUGAACAGAUUUUACGCAUGCACAAACCUCUGGAGCAUGUCACCGAAAGCACUCAUCAAACGACAGAAGCUACAGACGAGCUUGUUCCGGUAAGCCUUAGGGAUUUGAAAAUAGGGAACCGGAACGAAGGCGUGGUGUUAUUUGGCGAAUUCUGUGUUGAACCUUUAAAAAUUGGGAGGAUUUACACUCUGCUCGAGGAGGCAGGGACUGGGAAGGCAGUGGCUCUUUGCAUCGCUUUUCCAUAUCAAUAUUUUGCAAGAAAUAAUUUUCCUCAAGGCACUAAAAUUGUUCUCAAGGAGCCCAUGCUUGUCCAAGGCGAAAGCGAUCUGGUAUUUAUUCAUGUGGAGAAUCCCCUGUGUAUUCAAAUAGUACAGAGCCUUCCUGAUCCUAAAGAUAUAAACUUUACAGCUGGUAAAGAAAAAAUUAAGAAGUGGAUGGCGUUUGGACAUAUGGCUUACCGUGCAGGCGAGUGGGAGAAUUGUAUAAGAAAUUACAGUAAAUGUGUAGCAUGUCUCUCCCAAGGAAUGAAGGUAGAUGCGUCUACUGUUAAUGUCAUGUAUACUGAAAGAUGUGUAGCAUAUUUUGAACUUCACCGCUACGAAGAAGCUGUGCAAGAUGCAGAUAAAGUCGAACCUUCCGAGAGCAUCGAAGUGCAAUUCAAAAUUCGAUCACUUUUAUCUGUAGGUAGAUAUAAAGACGCCUUUAGUUUUCUCCAGCGUUCCUGUGCUCUGUUUCCAGAAAAGAAGCAGAUCUUCACCACGGCUUAUCGCAGAUGGAGCGCGGUCUGUUUUGACAUAGGCAAAGCUAUCAUCGGCUCUGAUGCAGGUAGCUCCAGUGCUUUGAAACCAGAUGGAGAUUUCAUUGGGCCAGUGGAGAUCAGAAUGACGAGCAAUGGUUGCGGCAGGGGUUUGUUUGCGACGGAGAAAAUCGAGGAAGGUGAGGUGCUGUUGAUCAGCAAAGCCUUGGCCAUUUCUCAAAAAUGUAGGGAGCAGAAUGAGCUCCUUCAAAAUGUGAAAGAUAAGCUUAAAUCCUGUGGAGAAAAGACUCGCCAGAUCUUUUUCUCCCAUUGCAGUAAAGAUUUGUCCUGCCUCAUUCCCUGCAUGUCAGAUUUCAUUACCGAGUCUGCUGGAGAAUACAUUUUCCCCACUGAAAGUAAUGAAGAAAUUACUACUGCUUGUGAAAGAUAUGAGAUGCUGAGCGACAAUGACAAGGACCAAGCAAUUCUUCACAUCUUAAACCGGAUUGCACUGGACGACUCGUCUCCCUCUGCUAUGCAACAAAUUUUCAAGCAGCCGGUUGUCUUUAACCCUGUUCCAACCAGACUUUAUUAUGGGGCAUGGCUGCUUCCAUCCUUCAUUAACCAUUCCUGUGCGCCCAACGCAGCAAGAAUCAAUUUGGGCGAUAUCAUGAGGAUUCACGCGGCCACGGAUAUCUCUGCUGGCGAAGAAAUCUGCAUUCCAUAUUUUAAUGUUCUGUUUCCCUACCCUUGUCGGCAGGAAGCUUGCGAAAGCUUUGGUUUCAGAUGUCUCUGUGAGAGGUGCGAGCUCGAAAAAAUGGUCAUGGAACACAAAUCGAAAACAAGGAAACUUUACAGGGAAUAUUUGAUAGUUGGCAUUUCCAGGCUUGAAAACAGGGAUACUCAACUGCAGAGCCUAGCUGCUCAAGUGGAAAAGUGCAUGGAAAGUUUGAAACGGAUGGUGAACGAAGAUGAGGACAUUUAUUUUUAUGAAGGCUGGAUCCGGGCCUCGUUUACCCCUCUGUAUUCGGCACUUCUUGAAAACAGAUGGAGGAAAAAUGGAAUUGCUGCGGUGAUUGGAAUGGUUGGGAAUAAGAUUGAACAGGAGACUCUGUACAAUGCUGCAACUGCUAUUCUUGCAACCUGUCCGGGGAGCCUUCAAUGUCUCAUAUUUUUUCACAGAUGUCUUUGUUUGUGGAAAGAUCGCGCAGGAAAAUAUGCAGAGUGGGGAUUGUCGAGCUUCGCAGGACUUUACGAUGGACUUGUGAGUGACGCACAAAAGUCUUUAGAGGGAGCAUUCCCUUCUGUUUACGGCCACCAGAAUGAACAUGUUGUACAAGCUUUUCUGAAAUAUUUAGAGCAACCGAAUUGA